AUGCUAACAAGAAUAAAACCAUUGAGAAACAUCUCAUCUCAAUCAGUAGCCAAGUCAUUGUCGUUGCGCUAUGCAUCCAAAGAUGCUUCUACCGCCAAAACAGUGCAGCAGAUUUCGGGCUAUGAACAUCUCCCCAACAAUUCAACCGUAUUCUCUAUGAUUCAACCAACAGGUAAAUUCCACAUUGGAAACUAUCUCGGAGCAAUCAAAGCGUGGAGAACAUUAUCCGAAUCAAAUGUUGAAGAAUGUAAGUUCAUAUUUGGAGUUGCGGAUCUUCAUGCCAUUACAAUUCCCAAAAAACUGACUGAAUUAAAAGCAAAUCGUCUUGAAGCUAUGGCAAGUAUAUUAUCAAGUGGGAUUGAUCCUAAGAAAUGUAUUUUAUUUUAUCAAUCGGCAGUUCCGGAACAUGCGGAAUUACAUUGGUAUUUGACUUGUAUUACAAGUAUGGGCGCCUUAAAUAGAAUGACUCAAUGGAAACUGAAACAACAAGAAGUAGAAUCCACUUCAUCUAAGAAGUUUCUUUUUGAACAUACAAAAGCAGGAUUGUUUUGUUAUCCUGUAUUACAAGCUGCAGAUGUGUUGAUGUAUAAUUCUACUCAUGUUCCAGUUGGAGAUGACCAAUCUCAACAUUUAGAACUUUGCCGGGCAAUUGCUACUAGUUUUAAUGAUGUUUAUGACACCAAGUUCUUUAAUAUUCCGAAAACAUUAUUAACCCCCUCCCAAAAGAUUUUAUCUUUACGUAACCCAACUAAGAAAAUGUCUAAAUCGGACAAGGAUCAAAAAGCAUGUGUUUAUGUCACUGAUUCUCCAGAAGAAAUCCAAACUAAGAUUCGAAAAGCAGUCACUGAUUCUCAACAAGGUCCAAUCUACUUUGACCCAGUUGAAAGACCAGGUGUGUCUAACUUAAUCAAUAUCAUCUCCGGUAUAUCCAAUAAACCUGUAGAUGAAGUCGUAAAAGAUCUUGAAGGUGUGACUGAACAUAGUGUCCUUAAAAAUCGUGUGGCUGAUUUGCUCAUUGAAGAAUUUUCGAAGGAAAGGGAUUUAUAUGAAAAAUUGAUGGGUGAUGCUGCAUAUUUGGAACAAGUGUAUAAUCAAGGUAGAGAUCAAGCUAGAGAGAUAGCUCUGGCCAAUAUUAAACAGAUUAGAAAAUUGAUUGGAAUGGAUUAA